AUGAGAUUAUUGGAAAUUUUAACAAUGCUCCUGACUGCUUUGUGUCCUUGCCUGCGAGCGGCCCAUUUCCGGUUUACCAACGUCGAAUGCAAGAGCUUGGACACUGAUUUUGUGGAGGUGAAGGAGUGUAACCUGAAGUUAAUUCGACGAAAUGUCGUUGCCAUGAACUCUCACCUGGUGAUCAAGUAUGGACCGCCCAUCGAUAAGAUACAGUUUAAUCUGGCGAUAUUCCGCAAAUCGAAUGUGUACAGAUUGUUUAUGGUGAAUCAUACGUUGGACUUUUGCUACUACAUGCGAAGGCCAAAGCAAUAUCCACUUUUCUACAUCUUCCACGAGUCUCUGAUGGCGGCCACCAAUGCCAAUCACACGUGUCCCUAUCCAGAAAAGGAUAUUUAUAUUAGGAAGAUGACAUUCAAUGAGCGGGCCGUGCGAGAGAUGCCUUUUCCCGAAGGAGAAUACAAACUGACAGUCUCUGUGGGUGCAUUUAAUGUCUGGCGAUUGCGGUUCAACGUGUACGGUCUGCGUAGCUAG